GUUCAAAAACAAAGAGCGAUUCACUAGCGGACGCCCCUCACUGAACUCCUGCGACUUGCGUUUAUUCUUCUCCGCCUCCUCAAGAGAGAACAGGAGUCCCGCUGUUUCUCCGACCCGCAACAAUCCGUUCAAUCAUGCCGUCGAAUGUACAAGGUGGAAAGGCGUUUGGAUUAUUGAAGGAGCAGCAGAGGGAGAAGCUCGAGGAGGUGAACAAGGAGUUUAUGGAAGAUCAGAAGUACCGUGAUGAGGAGGAUUUGGCAGAGAAGCUGGAUUCCUUCAAAAACAAAUAUGCAGAAUUUGACCUGAAUGACCAGGGAGAGAUUGAUAUGAUGGGUCUGAAAAGGAUGAUGGAGAAGCUUGGUGUGCCUAAGACUCACUUGGAGAUGAAGAAAAUGAUCUCGGAGGUGACUGGCGGCAGCAGCGACACCAUCAACUACAGAGAUUUUGUCAAGAUGAUGCUGGGGAAGCGCUCAGCUGUGCUGAAACUGGUGAUGAUGUUCGAAGACAAGGCUAACAGCCCGGCCUGCAAACCAGAUGGUCCUCCACCAAAACGUGACAUCACCAGCCUACCCUAGAGCAUUAUGGGAGUAUAGAUCACCAGUCCCCACCUAUUUUAAAUCUAGCGGGCUAAGUGUACAUAGCCUUAACCAACAUCAUUUCUAAGAACCUAAGGGAAAAUCUGAGGUUAAGAGAAAGUUGGAAAAAGACAGAGAUAUCUAUAUAAAUUUGCUGUGAAGAGUUCAAACUGCUAAUUAGCUUUUUUAUAAGUCAAGAAAUGUAUAUAUUUAUAUUGAAGUAGGUCUUUUUGAAGUGUACUUAUUCCUUGUAAUGGGGUCGUUUCAUGAAAAUGAACAAAGCGUGUUUGUUAACAGUGCAGUGUGUAACAUUUGAUCAUGUAUUUACUGUAGUGUGUGAGAUAAGACCAUUUUAUUCCCGAAAAUGUUACAAGAUUUUAAUUUCAAAUUAAGAUUAAGGUCUCUAUUUCCACAAGUUUAUUUUUAAGUUAGCUAGAUAAGUCUAAUUAAAAUUAAACAUUUAGUUUUAUUAACUUUUUAAAUGCAUCACUAACCUUUAGCUGCAAUAUCCAGCCAUGUAAGUUGUAAGGCAAUGCCAAUAAUACUUUUAGACCAUUUUAUAGUGGGACAGAAUAUUUACACUCACUGGCCAUCUGAUUUCUUCUGACAAAAAGGUUAUACAAUUUCAGUAACCACAUUUUAUAACCGUUCUGAGCAGGAAAAAACAGGAAUCUGAGGGUAACCCGAAAACUGUCAGUUGUGGCAAUUUCUCUAAUUCUAAAGUAUUCAAUUUCUGGGUUUGUGUCAAUUAUGGCCUCAGAUUUUGUUGAAAUUCCCAGAAUAUUUCAGUAACAGAUUCUGCAAUAAUAAAACUCCAAAACCAUGGCAUGGGUAGUCACUAAGCUUGCAAGUUUUACUUAUUCCUAAGCUUAAGCAAACUUGAGCUUGUUACCUGUAUGUGCAUGAUUUUAUGCAUUAACGAGUGUUCACUAUUUAAGUGGACAGCAGUGAGUGUAUGUAUCUAUUCAUGCUCUUUUAAUAUGAGGAUUUCCUUUCUUAUUAUUUUGUGUUCUGAAUUUCCAUUGGAGAAAGGGUCCAAAAAAAACAAAGGAAUGGGAUUCACAGGCUUUUACUAACUGCAUCAGUAGCAGGUUUUAACUUUCUAGUCUAAAUACCUCAUAGCCGUCCAUUUGUUGUUCAUUUCACCCCACCCAGCCCCCCAUCUAGGUGUUUUGUCUUAGUUAAAAUGUGAUUGUUAUUUUAAUACAACAUCACUAAAUCACAGGACAAUGUAUAGUUUGUUUCACACAUCAAGGGAUUAAGAGGUCUCUUUUAUAUUCGAGACUGAUGCAUCACACUUGGAAAAAUGCCAUAUUUCUACAUGCGUUUAAACAGGGUCACCUUCAGCUUACUGUAACUUGAGUUAAAAUCAGGCUUUCCAAGUGCCUCUCACAGUUCUGAUGUAGCUAAUUCAUACUCAUUGUGUUCAAACUGGUUUUGUGUGCAAAUCUUUAAAUUUGUUGCUCACAUCCACAUCUUCCGUCUAACUCGCUGAUUAUGUUCUAAAUGCUUCAAUUUGUAAUAUUUAUUUCAUAAUUCUUUACAUAUCAGUAGUUCCUAACUAAUUGUAACAAGAGAAGCUGAAUUUUUGAGUGAACUUCUAUCUUUCCACAUUUCUCAUGUGUCUUGAUUCUUGGCCUAUAGGCUUACAGUAUGUAUUUCAAAUCAUUGUGUUUUUGUUUUUUUGUUUUUUUUAUUGUUUUGUUUUUUUAGUUUAUGUAGAAUUUUUUUUUCAUUCCAGUUAAAGCACAAAAUUUGGAAAUUAGCAGUUGCACUCUUAAUUUAGAAUUUUUACAUUCCUCUUAUUAGUUCUUUCAGCAUAAAGAAUGCAGGCUUUUUAUUCUGUAUUUCACACUUGUUUUUCGUGCAAACACCAAAGGAAAUAAAGAUCUUAUGGUGACACCGGAA